AUGGCCAACUUUGAUUCACCUUCAUUUAAAAGAUUUGUAAACAAAGGAUUGUCAAACUUCCUAAAUACAGUAAAGAUCACAGAGAUAUUGGAGAGUGAAGGUCAAUAUUGGAAGGCAAAGAGAGAUAGAAAGAUUCUAUCAAUAGAGAGUGAUAAGACAGUUCGUGAGGCAAUUAGUAUGAUUGCAAAGAAUGACAUUCUAUCAAUACCUGUAGUCGAUCCCAAGGAUAAGGAGUUUCUUGGAUUCGUGGAUAUGGUAGAUGUACUCCAUGCUGUACUAGGACACAUAUCAGAGGACUGUGACAAAAAGAACAAUGAGUAUCGGAAGUUUGCAAAGUGGUGCGAGGAUAUCAAUGAGUUGGAGAAGAAGAAUAGAGACUUGAUGGACCAUAAGAUUGGAUCAAUCAUUAACCAAUCUAAAUAUGAUAACUUUAUCCCUGUCGAUGAGAAUGGAACGAUGUACCAAUUGUUGUCAGAGGUAUUCUCUCGUGGAAUCCAUAGAGUCAUUGUAUACAAUGAGCACGGUGCCCCAAGGGGACUGCUAAGCCAAGCAGACAUUAUCAAAUUCAUGCUUGAGAAUCUCGACAAUCUUGGUUCAGUCGUACAUGAGCGUAUUGGCAACAUUGGAAUCAUUAACCCCAACGUCAUAUCAAUGAGCUCCAAGGCACAAGCCAUCCAUGCAUACUACCUUAUGCUCUUCCAUGGAGUACCGGGUGUAGCCAUUCUAAACAGCAACGAGGAGAUCAUUGCCAAUCUAAGUGUAACAGACCUUCGAGGAAUGGACCCAAACACAUUCUCCCAGCUGCUAAGGAACUCUCUGGAUGUUCCAAAGAAGAAAGUGGUAACUUGCACCAAGGAUACACCUUUGGAACUCAUCCUCCUAAAGUUAUAUGAGAACAAGAUUCACAGGAUAUGGGUGGUGGAGUCGGCAACAAGCAACAAGUGUGUUGGUGUCAUCUCAAUGUCUGAUGUGAUGAAGUUCUUCUCCCAGAGGUCUGGUAACAAUCCACAACAACAAAAAGUG